CAAGGUGUCAGCCUCCAUGAGAAAACAUAAAAUUCCUUGAAUAUUUUGAAUUUCUUCUCUAACAGCUCACCGUGAAGGAAAUGACAUAGUUAGAAUCAUACGACAAAAGAAAAAUCGAAAGGUAUAUGUACACUAGUACAUGUAACUUUGUAAAAUCAUAUGAACUACAACUUGAAGGUCUACGUUAACAGUAAUGGAUGUGACAAUUCUAAUAACACUCAAACGGCAAUUAUUGGAGCGUUUACAAUGUGAGACUGUCACAAAUACCAUUGUAAAGCAUUCUACCUCAAACAAACCCAUUGUACUUGAUAACACAAACCCCACACAAGUGAUUCACCUAAUUGAAGCAGAUGUUCACGUAGCUGGCUGUUUCACAUCACUGCUGACUCAAAAUGAUACAUACAGACAUAUGUUUACACAGCAUUGGAUCGAUAGGUCUCUAUUGAACAAUAAGGCAGGAAAUCAACAAAUGACUGAUGUGAUAGUCGUUAUACAAUCAUCAUGGCCAAAUCAAUGCAUUUUAGAUUACAAAUGGUCCUACAGAGUAUGCAGGCUGGUUUGUAAUUCUAUACUUAUACAAGAUGCAAUGGCUUGGUUGUCUACACUUGGGGGAGGCUACUCUGCGCUUGGUGAUCAUUUCCAGCACCAUGCUCAAGAAGCUGGUCGUAUCUCCAACCAUCAGUUUAAGAUUGCCCUAGAAUUAGGGGAUCCUGGACUAACAGCGAGAUGUAGAAUCUAUUUAGCUCAAAGUCUCAUGCAGCAAGGAUGUCUUAAACAAGCCAGAAAUAUCUUAAGAUCACAGUAUGAGGUUGCAGUAAAACGGAAAUCCACUGACCCUAAACUAGUCAACAUGUGCAAAGGUGUGUGGAAUAGACUAAAAUAUCUUCACAGUCAAAGACUCAUAAACUCAUACAAGCAGUCACCUGUGAAAGCUAGAUGACGAAAAUGGAACAAACAUAUAAUCAUAAAAUUUGAAUGGAGACAUCUAUGGUGUAUUUAAUAGACUAAAAUAUCUUCAGCAAUCGCCUGUGAAAGCUGGA